UCUCUCAGAUCUCUCUCUGGUUUUUGCUUAACAACACUCAUGUCUCUGUUUCUUAGCCGGUACUCGAGGAAACCUGAGUUGGUGAGAAGAUCUUUUCUUCUUCUCUCUAACGCCUUCUCAACUUCCUUGCGUCAAACCCAUCCUUGUUUCAUCAUCGGCGCUAAACCUUGUCUACCACACAAGUUUUCCCCUGAUAAUCGCCUUGGAACACUCGGCAUUGUAAAUGUCAAUAUUAAACGCUUCACUGAAUUUCAAAAGAAGGUGUCUGCGGAGUUGGUAUACAAUGAUUGUUUUGAUACAGUUGUAACGAUCGGGGCAUCUCACGGGUGGGUAGCUAGUUUGAAGGACGAUGGAAUCUUGCGUCUCCAUGACGAUCUAAACCCUUAUGCAUUGUAUAAAGAUCCCAUUUGCAUCCCUCUGCCUCCUCUUGUGACUCUGCCACAUUGUCAAACCAAAAUCAUCACCAAUGUUUCAAUGUCAUCAUCUUCUCCAGAGAAUGAUAUAGACUGUGUCGUGGCUGUCAAGUUCUUGGGACCUCAGCUCAGCUUUUGCAAACCAGCCGGUAAGAGUAGUAAACCAGAGUGGACCAACGUCAAGAUCGAAAACCCCAGCUUCUACUCCUCCCGUGUCAUGUUCUCCAAGAAAUACAACAUGUUUCUUAUUCCUGGAUCCGGAGGCCACCUCAUCGGUGCAUGGGACCCCAGUGAUCCCAGCGAUGACCUUAAGUUUCAGAGCGUGCGAUUUGAAAACCCUCCCGAGCUACCGACUAACGUACGCGAGCUUAUGAAUUCGUGCAGCAAGAGCGAGCACUUGGUGGAGUCAACAUCCACCGGUGAGAUUUUCUUGGUUAAGCAGUACAGGAAGACAGCAGCCGAAGGUGGUGUCCCUAGAAUGAAAACAGAAUAUUUAAUGGUGUACAAGCUAGAUGUUGAAGGAAACGCGGUCUACACUCAAGACAUGGGAGAUCUGACCAUGUUCCUCUCAAAGUCUGAACCAUUCUGUGUCCCUUCUACUUCCUUUCCUGGUUUGUAUCGUAACUGGGUUUACAUCUUGGAUUUCGACCAACACACAGCUGUCCAUCUGCUGAAAGGCUACCCCUUAAGAACUACAACUUCUAGAGUCGUCGCUCCUUAUUUUAUUCCACCUCAAAAUAUAGUAGACUAG